AUGACUACGAUCACCCUCCCUCAGAAUUACGGACUCGUCCUCGGAGUCUCCCUAGGCGCCAUCCCCCUCCUCAGCUGGAUCCAUGGUGCCAUCGUCACGAAGCUCCGCAGGCCAGCCAAGGUCCCCUAUCCGCACUCCUAUGCGUCGAUAGAGCAAUGCAAGGAAAAUGCCCUAGCAGAACAAUUCAACUGUGCCCAGCGCGCCCACGCGAACUUCCUCGAAAACGCCCCGCAGACCAUGCUCUACCUCCUCGUCGCGGGAGUCAAAUGGCCUAAUCUAUCCGCCACUCUGGGUGCGAUUUGGGUCUUCUUCCGCGUCCUGUUCUUGUACGGGUACGUGUAUAGCGGUAAGGCGCAAGGCAAGGGAAGGUUCUUGGGGGGUGCGUUUUGGUUGGUGCAGGGGGCGCUUUGGGGGCUUAGUGUUUUUGGGGUUGGGAAGGAAUUGAUUUCUUAUUGA